CAUGUCGCACAAUAGCUGAAGUAAACCUGUCACCGCGGCUCAUCAUCCGAGCCUCCAGAAAUACACCGCAGCUCAGGUGGGAUUUGAAUCGCACGGCUGUCUCCUCCGUCGCUUCAACCUCGCGUCGGACCCUCCGUUUGGAAACGCCUGGAUAUGAAUUAUGAGCAUUUUCCUCACUAAUGAACUGGGCCAGUAAUGCAGGAGACCGCGGCGACUCUCUCACCAGUGUUUCAAAAUGGCAGAUUUUCAUUGAGUUUUGAACAGAAAUCUCGCUUUAUUUUUUGCCAUGAAUAACAGAAAUCCUUGCACCGAUGGCCCCUGUAUACGAAGGUAUGGCCUCGCAAGUGCAAGUGUUCUCCCCUCACACUCUCCAAUCAAGUGCCUUCUUUAGCGUGAAGAAACUGAAGGUGGAGCAGAGCUGUAACUGGGAUAUGACAGGGUACGGCACACACAGCAAAGUCUACAGUCACAACAGCAGCAAGAACUUGUCGGCCGCCAGUGGCCCCCUCGGCAUCAACAGCUCCCUGCAGGUCGCCAGCUCCACCCUGCCCUACGAGCAGGCACUCAUUUUCCCAGCCAGCGCGGGCCACAUCGUGGUUGCUUCAGCCAGCAGCACUUCGGGGGCCGUGGGGUCUCUGCUGGGCAGCGGGGGUGGAGGCAGCAGCAGCAACAGCAGUGGUGGUGGAGGUGGCGGCGGCGGCGGCAGUGGUGUGGGUGGCGGGGUUGGAGUUCACAACCUGACGCGCCGCAGCACGGUCAGUCUCCUUGACACCUACCAGCGAUGCGGGCUUAAGCGCAAAAGUGAGGAGCUUGACAACAACAGUAGCGUGCAGAUCAUUGAGGAGCACGGCCCACCAAUGAUCCAGAACGGAGCAGCCAGUGGAGCCAUGGUGGCCACGGUGGCCACUGCCACCUCCACCGCAACGUCCAAGAACAGCGGCUCCAACAGCGAGGGGGACUACCAGCUGGUGCAACACGAGGUGCUCUGCUCCAUGACCAACACGUACGAAGUGCUGGAGUUCUUGGGGCGAGGAACCUUUGGACAGGUGGUAAAGUGCUGGAAGAGGGGCACCAAUGAGAUUGUGGCAAUCAAGAUCUUAAAAAACCACCCGUCGUAUGCACGGCAGGGCCAGAUCGAGGUCAGCAUCCUGGCGCGUCUUAGCACGGAGAGUGCGGAUGACUACAACUUUGUGAGAGCCUACGAGUGCUUCCAGCACAAGAACCACACGUGCCUGGUAUUUGAGAUGCUGGAGCAGAACUUGUACGACUUCCUCAAGCAGAACAAGUUCAGCCCUCUGCCGCUCAAAUACAUCAGACCCGUGUUGCAGCAGGUGGCCACAGCGCUAAUGAAACUGAAGAGCCUGGGACUGAUCCAUGCUGACCUGAAGCCAGAGAACAUCAUGCUCGUGGACCCAUCUCGACAGCCCUACAGGGUCAAAGUCAUUGACUUUGGCUCAGCCAGCCACGUCUCCAAAGCAGUCUGCUCCACUUAUCUACAGUCCAGAUACUACAGGGCUCCGGAGAUCAUCCUGGGCCUGCCAUUCUGUGAGGCCAUAGACAUGUGGUCCCUGGGCUGUGUGAUAGCCGAGCUCUUCCUGGGUUGGCCCCUCUACCCCGGAGCCUCAGAGUAUGAUCAGAUCCGGUACAUCUCACAGACACAAGGACUGCCUGCAGAGUAUCUGUUAAGUGCGGGGACAAAGACCACCAGGUUCUUCAACAGAGAUCCCGACUCCACCUAUCCUCUCUGGAGACUUAAGACUCCAGAGGACCAUGAGGGUGAAACAGGGAUCAAGUCCAAGGAGGCUCGCAAGUACAUCUUCAACUGCUUGGAUGAUAUGGCGCAGGUGAACAUGACGUCAGAUCUGGAGGGGAGCGACAUGCUGGCGGAGAAGGCUGACAGGAGGGAGUUCAUUGACUUGUUAACCAAGAUGCUGACCAUUGACGCGGACAAGAGGAUCACCCCUAUCGAAACGCUCAACCACCCUUUUGUCACCAUGUCGCAUCUCCUCGAUUUCCCACACAGCACACAACCCAUUCCUUCUUCCUCUCUCCGUCCGUGCAGUGUGAAGUCGUGCUUCCAAAACAUGGAGAUCUGUAAGCGUCGUGUCAACAUGUACGACACAGUCAACCAGAGCAAGACGCCCUUUAUCACCCACGUGGCCCCCAGCACCUCCACCAACCUUACCAUGACCUUCAACAACCAGCUGAACACUGUGCACAGCCAGGCCACCAACCUGGUUCCCUCCUCCACCAGCAAUGCCACCCUUUCCUUUGCAAGUCCUGAUGUCUCCAUACUAAACUACCAAUCUGCACUCUAUCAGCCCUCCGCUGCCUCCAUGGCAGCUGUGGCCCAGAGGAGCAUGCCCCUGCAGCCGGGGGCUCCUCAGCUCUGCGCCGCCCGGCCCGACCCCUUCCAGCAGGCACUCAUUGUCUGCCCACCUGGCUUCCAAGGGCUGCAGGCGUCCCCCUCCAAGCACACCAGUUACUCUGUGCGGAUGGAGAAUGCUGUUCCCAUAGUGACGCAGGCCCCUGGUGCCCAGCCUCUGCAGAUCCAACCUGGCCUGCUUACACAGCAGGCCUGGCCCAGCGGCACCCAGCAGAUCCUGCUGCCUCCAGCCUGGCAGCAGCUCACCCACACCUCGGUCCAGCAUGCCACUGUCAUCCCCGACUCCAUGAGCAGCACACAACCUCUCGCCAACUGGAGGAAUUCCCAUCCUCAUGGCAGCCAUUAUAAUCCCAUCAUGCAGCAGCCAGCCUUGUUGGCUGGCCACGUCACACUCCCAUCCAACCAGACCCUCAAUGUUGGAGUGGCACAUGUAAUGAGGCAGCCCUCAACUAAUAACAACUCCUCUUCCAAAAAGAACAAACAGCACCAGAUGUCUGCCAGGAACAUGUCAGCUUAUGAGGUGUCCUCCUCUCAGGCGGUGCUGUCACCGCAGCGCUCCAAGCGGGUGAAGGAGAACACGCCUCCACGUUGUGCCGUGCUACAGAACGGCUCAGCCUCCAACUGCCCGCCCCCGCAGGGCUGUGGGGGUGGUGGGUGGGGGACUAACGAGGCAGAGCAGGCUUCCAGCACCACCCGCGACCAUCAGCACCAGCACCACGUCCCCAGACAGACCAUCAUCAUCCCCGACACGCCCAGCCCCGCAGUCAGCAUCAUCACCAUCAGCAGCGACACAGAUGAGGAAGAUGACCACAAACAAAACAGUUCAUCUUCAAAGCAGCGGAAGAAUGUCAUCAGUUGCGUGACGGUCCACGAUUCACCCGACUCCGACUGUUCCAGCAACAACAGCCCCUACACAGUGGAGUCCAGAGCCCCCAAUAACAACAGCUACGACACAAAGACCACCAUCCUGGACAACUACAACAAUGGGAACCCACGCACCAUUAUCAUUCCCCCUCUCAAAACCCAGAACAGUGAGGUCCCCAAUGAGUGUGAGCGCCUGAUGCCAGAUUCAAUGAGCCAUCAGAAUUCAGCUUACAAGUUCAAAUCCUCCAAUGGAGUGGUGUCUGGCAAUAAUCACCUACCGGGGGGCGGGACAGGAGGCGGGUCCUAUCGACAGCAGCGCUCAGGGCCACACCCCCUCCAGCAGCAGCCUCUCAAUCUCAGCCAGGCCCAGCAGCAUAUGGUAGCUGAGCGAAAUGGUCAUCGGCGCCAGCAGGCCUACAUCACCCCCACCAUCGCCACUCAGGCCCCGUACUCCUUCCAUCACAACAGCCCCUCUCACACAGGCAACGUCCACCCACACCUGGCUGCUACACAUCUACCCAGCCAGCCCCACCUCUACACCUACACAGCCCCUGCUGCUCUGGGCUCCACCAGCACCGUGGCCCACCUGGUGGCGUCACAGGGCUCGGCGCGCCACGCAGUUCAGCACGGAAGCUAUCCACCAAGCAUCGUUCACCAGGUCCCAGUCAGCAUGGGCCACCGUGUGCUGCCCUCGCCCACCUUGCACCACAGCCAGUACCAGGCCCAGUUUGCCCACCAGGCCUACAUCAGCGCUUCGCCCGCCUCCACUGUCUACACUGGAUACCCGCUGAGCCCCACCAAGGUCAACCAGUACCCUUACCUCUAGAGAAGACACUGACUGACACUGGAGAGCCUGACCCAGGGCCGCUGCUGCUGCCCCCGAACCCGCCCGCCCUGAGCCCCGUCGAAACACCCUCUCCUCGACCUCAGACAUAAACAGAGACAGAGGAACAUGCAAUCCUCAUGAAACUGUCACGUGUAACUUGAAGAUAUAACGACAGAGAGAAAAAGAAAAAAAUCAGCCUCUCUAGAAGGGAAAGAUGGGGUUGAAUUUCAGAGGGGUACAGUUGAAGAUGUUUUCUUUUUUUUUCUUUUUUGUCUCCUGAAAGGGCCAGUGUUUGCUUUUAUUUGUUGAUUCUUUGCUUUACUUUAUGAGGAAAGUAAUGUCUCAUUAGUUUUACAGGGAAGCUUGAAACAGGCCUUUUGGGACAGUGGAGGUUUUGUUUUCUUUUAUUUUCCCCUCUUAAAUUUGGGAAGUGACUGUUGAACAGGGGUUACUGACUGGAAGUUUGGAAUCCCAAGGAGAUUUUGGGAGAAGGUGAAAUACGGAAACCUGCUGCUCUUCAAAGAAAAAAAAUAUUGAUGGCCUUGAACUGUCUUAAUAUUUCCAAAUCAUUCAUGGUGUGGGGAGAAAAGAGAGGCAACUCCCCCUCCCCCCACUCCACCUUCUCCAGCUGAGGAGGCCUCUGGAAAUAUAACCAACAGAAGACAACAAACUUUUUAGUGUAUUUAUAGAUAUUUUUUUUCCUUUAUGUUUCACCUUAAUGACGAUACUUCAGUUUUAGCUAGGUGUCUUAGCUGGGCCCCGUUCUUAGAAUGUAGCAGUCUGCACCUGUUAGGUUUUUUUUUUUCUCCUGAUACCAAUAGAUUUAUUUGUUCCUCUUUUUUCAAUGUGAUUGCACAAAGUGGUUAUAAUAACAUAGGCAUGUACAACGUGAUUGUCUGUGUGUGCUACUGUCAGCCAUGCGUGUGUAGUCCACCUCCUUCAAAACUCUCUUCAGUCUUUCGGUUCUGACCAUUGUUCCCUCGUAGUGCCUUACAGAUAUAACGACACAGUUUACUUGGCUUGGAUCCUGAAAGCCACAAGAGACUAUAGUUAUACUUAGAGAGACAUGUUUUCCUGGUUUGACAUCCUAGUCGGGGCAGUUGUAGCUCUCUUC